UCGGUAAGCGACUAAAGUAAAAUAUUGUAGGUAGGUAUUGUAUGACUUUUUAACCCCUAUUAAAAAUGUAUUUAUUUAAACAACAAAGUAUAUAUAGUAACAUUAAUCACAAACUUUCAGAAAAAUAUCACUAAAAACUAUAAUAAGCAUCUUGCGAUUUCUGGAAUUCUAGAUUUUCAUUUUUGACCAGAGAUUAAAGAUCUAGUAGCGACACAGCCGAAGGGCCGCACAGACGGACGGACAAAGUGGCGACAGUAGCGCAUUUUUUUGUGGAAAUGCGCUUAAAAGCGUUUGAAGCAAAAUCGGGUACCUAGUCGGUUUUUAAGGAACUACCUAUCUAAAAAAAUUUGAAAAAUUUAAGAAACUCAAGCAAAAAAGAAGCGAAUUAAAAAUUCGAAAUUCGUGACCUUUUUUAUAUUGAAAUAAUAUAAUAAUGUUGAGUAAUGUGUUAAUACAUAUAUAGUUCCAUCACCCAAUAUUUUGUACUGCCCAGUUCCAUCAAGUCAUUCUUUCAAAUAAGUUUUACACAGUUACUCGUGUCAAAUAUAGCCAUAGGAAGAGCCAAGAGCACAACAUUUGGGUCUCGCCUUUCAAAGUUUUACAUUUUGUGCCGUCCACAACAAAACUGGUAAAAAACCCGAGAAUUCUACGAUCUUCGAGAGUAGCGGACCGACCGCCUGAACAGUCAAAGUGAAUGCAUAAGCGCCCCUUUUUAAAAAAAAAACUCGCACGGUGCGUUUUUCUUGGGACACAUGGUAUAUGCGCAAUUGCGCAUGCCUAAUAGUCAGACCGCCUGCUUGAUUGUUUAGACGAUGUUGUCAUUUUUACUUAACCUAUAAAUUACAUUACAAUAAUUUGGCAUUGCUUUUUAUUUAAUGCUUUAUUUACUUGUUACUUGUAAUAAACAAGUAUAUUAUGAACCUGCUUAUAAAGCAAAAAUAUCUAAUUUCUUGCAAAUCAAAUUGUUUUGAAUCGAGUCACGUUUAGCUUUAGGUGCCAGUGAUGAUCAUAAUUAACCUCGAAAAUGAUGGAAUGGAGGGAAAACUGAAACGCCAUCGUGAUUAGAGAGCAACCAUUCUGCUCACAAAAUAUUUAGUGUGUUUAAUCUCAGAUGGGUUCAAAAGGACUCACAACAAUUGUAGACAAAUUAGGAGAGUCCAGUAUAUCUCCUGCUCGAAAACGAUCCAGGUUUGACCCUUCUCUUGGGACUGAAAAUAAUAAAAAAUGGAGUUUCUUGAAGAGUUCUUCCUUAGAAAAUUUGUCGGAUAUUGGCGUGGGACCUUUAAUAGGUGAUUCUCCCGAAGAUGCUCUUGCAGAUACGUUUCCAGAUUUUUUAGACAUUACUCAGCCAAAUUCUCUUAAAGCUCAGGCCGAAAGAGAUAGGAAGCUUGCAUUGGUUUUGCAAUCUACAUUGUCUAAAGAAACGUUGCAGAAGCUUUCGGCCAAUGAAUGGGAAAGAUUGUUACUGUGUCGGCCAAAGCGAGACAUCGUCUACAAACUCAAUCACUUCCAGCAGUUAUCCGACGAAGUCAUUUUACACAUCUUUUACUGGUUACCGAAACGUUGCUUAAAAAUGGCAGCGUUAGUAUGUAGGCGAUGGCAUAGACUUUCACAAGAUGAAAGUCUAUGGUCUCGUAUGGACGCAUCACAUAGACAUUUAGAUCCCGGGGCAUUAGGCAACAUUUUAAGUCGACAGGCAAUAAUUCUUCGUUUGGCUCACGCAAAAGUUGCUUUUCCACCUUUUAUUCCCGGUAUGAAGGCGUAUUCGCAGGAAUUUCGGUCAAGACUACUCUACUUAGAUUUAAGCAUGGCUACCAUUAAUCAAGAAGCUCUGACAAUGCUAUUUAGUAAGUGUCGACGUUUAAAAAAGUUAAGUCUCGAACAUGUACCUGUCGAUAAUAAUGUUUUAUUCGCAUUAUCUCGCAAUAGAGAAUUAGAAAUUCUCAAUUUGGCUAUGGUCGAAGGCAUAACUCUGGAAGGCUUCCACCACAUACUCGCAAAUUGUCGAAAGUUGAAAGAACUUAAUGUUGCGUGGACUUACCUGAAUAGUCAGUGCCUUAAACUUAUUUGUAGUAAUCUACCUUUGACUGUUGAUAGACUGAAUUUAUCUGGCUGUAGAAAAUGUUUAUCGGAUGAAAGUGUGCUCGAUCUAGUGAAAAGCUGUCCGAAUUUGAGAGAGUUGGAUCUUUCAGAUUGUACAACUAUAUCAUGUAAUUCAAUCGAUCAUAUUGUUAGGCUGGGGAACCUCAAUUUUUUAGCGCUCUCCAGAUGUUAUUUUAUUAAUUAUCGAUCAAUUAUAUUAUUAAAAGAAGUGAAAUCGUUAAUGUACUUGGAUGUCCAUGGCGGUCAUAUCGAUCAAUCCGAGAUAGAUAUUAUACAAAAGAAUUUGGGUGGCAAGGUGAAUAUUAACAAAUUCAAAUUUAGUUCGAUCGCUAGACCUACGGUUGGACCGAAACGUUCCACUAUUUGGGGCUUACGUGUUAGAGACUGACUGUUAUGUGAUUCUUGUUAAUUGGUAUAUAAAAUUCAUUUUCAAUUGUAAUUUAUUUUACUAAUGUUAGGUUAUUUUUUUUAAUAGGGAAAUAUAAAAUUUUG